AUGAAUGCCUCGGCAUCGCUCCGGGCAUCCUUCUACGGGCCCGACGGCCCUCUCGGCCCACCUCCUCAAUCGAAGCGAUAUACGAUAGCCGGCGACGUUGAGGCUCUCCGAUGGCGUAGGACUCUUGUACCGGUUAACUACGCUGAUUAUAGCUCAUAUUGCCGGCAGAUAAAAGAGGAGGUCAGCCGAGAAUCCAUCUGCGAAGUUGAACAGACGCCAGAGCCUCCAACGAUAAGAGAUCAAAUAGCGAGGAUGUUCACAAUCUGGCCGUACCGAGACGCGAAUUGGGUUAUUGCUAUAUUAUUUGUGAUUGGGUCAAUAUCGUUCGGAGUUAAUGCUUUAUUCAGCUUGCUCUCUGUCUUCUUCCCGUUAACUGUAUUUCCUGGCGAGAUAGAGUUGGCCAUACCAAUUACAACGCUUUUCGGUGCCCUCUUUUUCGUCUCUGGCGGCACUCUAACUUUGAUAGCUGGGUGGAAUGCCGAUAAAGGUACCUUUGAGCCCGAAUUUAAGACUGAGGAUGGUAGUACCAAGACGUAUAAGCCGGCUUUGCUUGGCAGCAGCGCGUGGUUAUGGGUACCUACAAUCGCGGAUUUGAAAGCAGCCCUGCGGACCGUUCCCUUCCAGUCUUCCGUGAUACAAUUCUUCGGGGGUUUAAUCCUUUCAGUCAGCGUCGUAGGUGGCUGGCCAGGUGUUUUAUCCCCUGAUGAUCUUAUGGGACUUCAACUCUUCCUUUUUACGCCAUUAGCUAUCGGAGGGACCAUGUUCUUCUUCGCAAAUAUACGCCUCCUCGUCUGGCUGCAAGAUCAUUGGUACAAACCUAAGCCAGGCUCGGCUUCCUGGCAGGCGGCAUUUUGGAGUUCUGUUGGCUCCAUCAACUUUGCGCUUGCCGGCUUCGCCCUUUUUAUGGGGGAUAUGAAUACUUCAACAAUUGCUAACAUUGUUGGCUCAUGGACAUUUUUGAUUGGUUCUAUUUUCCAGUGGUAUGAUCUCAUGGCAUUCCACCCAGACGACUGGGCGACUUAA